AUGUCCCAUAAACAUAAUAUUGAGGUUGUGGAUAGGACUCUUCGGGACAUAUUGCACAACAAGCAUCACCACAGUAAAGAUAGAACCUUUGGAGGUUUAACUAUUGUAUUUGGUGGAGACUUUCGCCAAACAUUGCCCGUUGUUCUGAAAGGAACACGAAAUCAUAUUCUAAAUGCUUCCAUUAAGAAAUCUUACAUCUGGGAGCACCUAACGGUGUUGAAAUUGACGCAAAAUCUGUGCAUUCAGCCUAGAGAUACUCCUAUUUCUGAUGUUGUCAACUCAACCUAUUCUGACCUAUCAACAUGUUAUGCCGAUUACAAGUACUUGGUUGAACGAGCCAUAUUGGCCCUGCAUCAUGAAGCAGUAUCAGCGAUCAAUUCUCAUGUUCUGCUGCAGUUUCUUGGUGAGUCCAGAUGUUAUCUUAGCAGCGACUCCAUUGAAGUUGAUCCCGGACAGCCAAAUAUUAUGGAGAGUGAUUAUUCGACAGAGUUUUUGAACUCUUUGAGGGUAGGCAAUUUCCCUGAUCAUGAUUUGAAGCUGAAGAUUGGAUGUCCGGUUAUUCUUCUCGGGAAUUUGGACCAAAGUAUUGGUUUGGUUAAUGUAACUAGGUUGGUUGUCACAAAAUUGGGGACAUGGUUUAUUGAGGUUGAAAUUCUGACUGGUACCAACAUUGGUGAGCGUGUAUUCUUACCUAGGAUGAAGUUGUCGAAACGGUUCAAGAGCCUCCACUUUACUUUGGUCCGUCGCUAG